AUGGCGACUUCCACCGUAACGGCGACCAAGUCAGGUCGCAAAAAGGACGCCAACCUCCCCCCAGAAAGCGAGCGCUUCCUGCGAUGCUGCGCUGACAUCGCCAAUGCCCUGAUCGAGGACCAUGAGGCGUCCAAGGACUCAAGCCGUCCUGCGAAGGACAUAAACCUCAACAGCUUGCGGACGAGGUUCGCAAGGAAGCACAAGCUCCAUAAUAUACCACCCCUCACGGCUAUUAUAGCUGCCAUUCCCGAACAUUACAAGAAGUACAUUCUACCGAAGCUGAUCGCGAAGCCUAUCCGAACCUCGUCGGGUAUCGCAGUCGUGGCCGUCAUGUGCAAACCCCACCGAUGCCCGCACAUCGCCUACACAGGAAACAUUUGCGUCUACUGCCCCGGCGGCCCCGACUCCGACUUCGAGUACAGCACGCAAUCCUACACCGGAUACGAGCCGACAUCGAUGCGAGCGAUCCGGGCGCGGUACGAUCCUUUCGAGCAGGCUCGAGGUCGCGUCGACCAGCUCAAGUCGCUAGGCCACUCCGUCGACAAGGUCGAGUACAUCAUCAUGGGUGGCACAUUCAUGUCCCUGCCCGAGUCCUACAGGGAAGAUUUCAUCGCGCAACUACACAAUGCUCUAAGCGGAUAUCAGACGUCGAGCGUCGACGAGGCCGUGACGGCGGGAGAGAUGAGCAACAUCAAGUGCGUGGGCAUCACCAUUGAGACGCGCCCUGAUUACUGCUUGCAACCUCACCUGUCGAGCAUGUUGCGGUACGGAUGCACGAGGUUGGAGGUCGGUGUCCAGUCGCUGUACGAGGAUGUGGCGAGAGACACGAACCGCGGGCACACCGUCGCGGCUGUCGCGGAGACGUUCUGCCUAUCGAAGGAUGCCGGGUUCAAGGUGGUCAGUCACAUGAUGCCCGACCUACCAAACGUCGGCAUGGAGCGGGACCUGGACCAGUUUAGGGAGUACUUUGAGAAUCCCGCCUUCAGGACCGACGGCCUCAAGAUUUACCCGACCCUCGUCAUCCGAGGCACGGGUCUCUACGAGCUCUGGCGCACGGGGAGGUACCAAAAUUACACGCCCAACGGGCUAAUCGACCUCGUGGCUCGGAUCUUAGCACUAGUCCCGCCGUGGACCCGAAUCUACCGCGUCCAACGUGACAUCCCCAUGCCGCUAGUCACCUCGGGCGUCGAGAACGGCAACCUACGAGAACUGGCCCUCGCCCGAAUGAAAGACUUCGGAACAACCUGCCGCGACGUACGAACCCGCGAAGUAGGCAUCAACGAAGUAAAGCACAAGAUCCGCCCGAACCAAAUCGAGCUCGUGCGCCGCGACUACGUCGCCAACGGCGGCUGGGAGACCUUCCUCUCCUACGAGGACCCCAAGCAAGAUAUCCUCGUGGCACUGCUACGGCUGAGGAAGUGUUCUGAAAAGUACACGUACCGCGAGGAGCUCAUCGGGCAGCCCACGAGUCUCGUGCGGGAGCUUCACGUGUACGGGACAGCGGUGCCGGUGCACGCGAGGGAUCCGAGGAAGUUUCAGCAUCAGGGGUUCGGGACGCUGUUGAUGGAGGAGGCCGAGAGGAUUGCGAGGGAGGAGCAUGGGAGCGAGAAGAUUAGUGUUAUUUCGGGGGUGGGUGUGAGGAGCUAUUAUGCUAGGCUGGGGUAUUGGCUUGAUGGGCCAUAUAUGAGGGAGAGAAAGACAGGAGAUGAAGUCAUCGGCGAAACUGACGAGGUCAACUGGGCCAUGUCAAGACUCCUGAUCAUCGACACCUUGAGGGCUGCCUCUCUUUGA